CAACAACGACCACGACGAUGAAAUAAACCAACUAACUAAGAGCAACACAUAUAAUUCGCGGCACAUUCAUUCGUUGCUCCGCCAUCGUGUGGUUAAGUUAGUCCGUUGCGAGCGAUUCAAUCGCCAAUUCCAUGAUAUCCGUCGUUGGCCGGGGAGGAAGGAACAACAACAAUAGACACACGCCAAACGUUGCCCGAAGCGUUGAUAAAAGCGCAAUACAAAAGACACAGAGUGCACACAAUUGCUCAAACAUGGGGACAAAGAUCGAAUAUGUGGAUUCAAAUCAUUUGCAUGCAACGAAUUAUAUACGAAACUCAAAAGCGAUAGCGGUUCUAUGGGCUAUAUUCACAAUCUGCUACGCGAUCAUAAGUGCGGUGGCAUUUUUCACACCAGAAUGGGUCGGUGAUUUAGAUUCAGAGAAUGCAGGCCGUUUAGGCUUGUGGCAAGUGUGUCAACGUGACGAAACAUCGGAUAAUUGCCAAAAACAGUUGAGCGAUUUUCUAUCGAUUCCAUCGAUACCGUUUCAGGUGGCGACUGCAUUCGUUGGACUCUCGGUUAUCACAGCUGUGCUCACCAUUUUAUUCCUUGUUUUCUUAUUUUUCCUCAAAUCAACGACCGUCUUCCACAUUUGCGGUUGGAUGCAAAUUUUAUCAGCAAUCAGCAUGAUCGUUGGAUGUGUUGCGUUUCCAUUCGGAUGGAAUUCAAAUGAUUUUCGAAAGAUAUGCGGCCCAGAAUCCAAUCGAUUUGAGCUUGGCUUGUGCGGAAUACGAUGGGCAUAUCCCUUGGCAAUCAUUGGUUGCAUCGAUGCGUGCAUAUUGGCCACACUAGCAUUCAUACUGGCCACACGACAUGUUCGAUUACAGCCCGAACCAAUGUACCAAAAUUCUAUGUUUAAAGGCGAGGUAAAUAAUGCAUAUUUAACGGAUGCCGUUAGCAUAGCUGGCUCACGAAAAUCGCUGAAUUUACAACCGGUUCUGUUAGUUGGCGCUCCACCGCAUCAUAUGGCAACCGCAAAUGGAGACGACAGCAUUUCACAGUUUUCGAAUCGUACAUCCAGCCGCUACAAUCGACCUGAUUUCCACAACUCUAUGCACCACUUUCAAUUGUAGACUUGAUCAUUUCAAUGGAAAAAAUUCUUAAAUUUUAAACAAUAUGUUUUCGUGAUUGUUCUUCUUUUACUUAAAAUUCUUGCCAAUUUUUUGUUUUGUCAUUUCAUUUGACCAAUCAACCGAUCGACCGAAAUACACUCUUUUGCUCAGCAAAACUCUCUCUUUCUCUCUAUCAAUGUGAACCGUUUAUUUAUUCGCAUCCAAUAUAUCGUUUAAGUAGUUCUUCGUGUAGGAGUUUUUUUAUUAUUAUUAUUAUUAUUAUUUAUAAGUCAAUCGCAUUUUGAUUAGCAUCGAGUUGAGGCAUUUGAACGCUAAGAUCCAACGUAAAAUGGAUCGUGAACGAGGAAUAGUAUUUUAGGGAAAUAUACAUACGUAUAUAUGUAUUUGACGUGAGUGAAAUCCGUAUUAGUCGAUAAAAUAUGUCAUUUUUAUGCGAAUAGAAAUUGUAUUUUAGUUGAAAUGGAAAAUAAAUUGUUGAAACAACACAUCAA